GAACAAAUAUUCCGCAUAACAACUCCGCGGGGGGUCUUCUUCUGUAAAGGGUUUCAGCCAAGAGACAGAAAUUGAAAAGUAAAAGAAAAAGGGAUUGUGAUGGGUUGUGGAAGAGUUUGGGUUAUGGGGUCAAGGGAAGCGAAGGCCAAGUACUGUCAGGAUAAAGAACCGUCAAUGGUAAUAGCAGCUGAUUGGAAGGUAAAUGUAAAACUUCCCGAGUAUGGUCCGGAUUUUUUCAAAAAUAUAGCGGAAGAAUUUGAUUUCGAUCCCGUAGAAAGAAGAUAUUCUAGGAAGUUACCCAAACAAUUUCGAACCAACCCUAUUCUUCACCGCAUUGGCUUCCCUGGUGUUGUUUCGUUUCUAAGGGUUCCACGUUUUGGUAUAGCGGGAUAUUCUGAGCCAGGUAUGGUGUCAGCAGAAGAGUUAAGUGCUAUUACUGAUAAUUUCAGCCAAAAGAAUUUCAUUGGAAUAACUCAAUUUGGCAAAGUUUGCCGUGGAACAAUUGUUGAAAACUGGGAUCGAAUGAAACCUCGGCAAGUGAUGGUGAAGAUUUGGGAAAAUUGUUAUAGGACGCCGAGAUGUAUUAGCUGUGAAGAAGCUGUUGAUGUGAAGAAAAACUGUUUCUUACACAUCCGAGUGUGA